ACAGUCAAUAUCAUAAAUGUAAAAUGCUGUCGCAGUAUUUUCGGACUAUGAUGCUAUGCUAUGCAGGUACAGUGGCAAAUAAUGUUGAGAGUUCUGGAGAGGAAUCAUCCACUGGAUGCAAUCUCCCCUUGGAUGGUGCAGAGUGGGUGGACCUCUUGGUUGGAGAAGUAAUAAAUGCUUCAAAUGUAGAGGAUGCUAAGAUGCGUGUGUCGCGAGCACUCGAGGUACUAGAGAAGUCCAUUUUUGCACAUGCAACUGCAUCUGCCAAGAAUGUGCAGAAGGAUAACAUUGCGCUAAAGCAACAGCUGGAAGCUCUUAUACAGGAAAACACCAUUUUAAAGCGAGCAGUUUCUAUCCAGCAUGAGCGCCAGAAAGAGUUUGAGGAAAGAGGCCAGGAGUUGCAUCAGUUGAAGCAGCUGGUUUCUCAAUACCAAGAGCAGCUGAGAACUCUUGAGGUCAAUAAUUAUGCGCUUGCAAUGCAUCUCAAGCAGGCUCAGCAAAGCAACUCGGUACCUGGGCGUUUUCAUCCAGAUGUCUUUUAGUUAAUCUUUGCAUAUUUGUUACGUAUCCGCAUAUUGUGUGUUUGUGUGUGUGUGUGUGGGGCAAGUUUAAUACAUGUAAUAGUAAGAAAUCCUGAUUGGUUUCUACUAGGGCGCUUAGCUUUAGUUGGAAUGUCUAUUGAGGGUGAUAAUAUAGAGUGUGUGCGCGCGCGCGUGCGGGCUGAUGGGUAUUCAAAGACAUGUUUGAACUAUCUUUUAGUUCCAUUUGCACAAUUAACAAUGGAUUUUAUGCUUAUAGCAGGAGACAAUAAUAGUUUUAUGUACCCUAAUAUAUAUACUGCUAAUUUUUCCAUUGCAAA